GGAUUGCAUCUGCUCGAGUCGCAGGCAUGUCUGGCCGUGGCAAAGGCGGGAAGGGUCUGGGCAAAGGCGGCGCCAAGCGCCACCGCAAGGUCCUGCGCGACAACAUCCAGGGCAUCACCAAGCCCGCCAUUCGGCGCCUGGCCCGGCGUGGCGGCGUCAAGCGCAUCUCCGGCCUCAUCUACGAGGAGACCCGCGGGGUGCUCAAGGUCUUCCUGGAGAACGUGAUCCGGGACGCCGUCACCUACACCGAGCACGCCAAGCGCAAGACGGUCACCGCCAUGGACGUGGUCUACGCGCUCAAGCGCCAGGGCCGCACCCUCUACGGUUUCGGCGGCGGGGCGGGGCAGCAGUCUGCUGUCGAAUCAGAACGCGAGGGUCGUUAUAAAUACUGGGACGACUGCUUCUUGCUCUCAUUAGUGUUAAGUAGUUGGCUCUGCUUAGCUAUGGCUCGCACCAAGCAGACAGCUCGCAAGUCCACCGGCGGCAAGGCGCCCCGCAAGCAGCUGGCUACCAAGGCGGCCCGCAAGAGCGCGCCGGCCACCGGCGGCGUGAAGAAGCCCCACCGCUACCGGCCCGGCACGGUGGCGCUGCGCGAGAUCCGCCGCUACCAGAAGUCCACCGAGCUGCUGAUCCGCAAGCUGCCCUUCCAGCGCCUGGUGCGCGAGAUCGCGCAGGACUUCAAGACCGACCUGCGCUUCCAGAGCUCGGCCGUGAUGGCGCUGCAGGAGGCGUGCGAGGCCUACCUGGUGGGGCUCUUCGAGGACACCAACCUAGCUUUCUCUCUCACUAUGUCUGGCCGUGGCAAAGGUGGGAAGGGUCUGGGCAAAGGCGGCGCCAAGCGCCACCGCAAGGUCCUGCGCGACAACAUCCAGGGCAUCACCAAGCCCGCCAUCCGGCGCCUGGCCCGGCGUGGCGGCGUCAAGCGCAUCUCCGGCCUCAUCUACGAGGAGACCCGCGGGGUGCUCAAGGUCUUCCUGGAGAACGUGAUCCGGGACGCCGUCACCUACACAGAGCACGCCAAGCGCAAGACGGUCACCGCCAUGGACGUGGUCUACGCGCUCAAGCGCCAGGGCCGCACCCUCUACGGCUUCGGCGGCUAAGUGUUGGCGCUUCUGUCUCCGUUUCCUUG